AUGGUGGGCACUGCGAGAAAUGGGAGAGUCCGACACGCGUUUUCAGUGGUAAAUGGGGGACAAGACUUGGGUCCGAGUAGCGCUCCGGCGAGUAAUGCGGGUUCGGAGUGUGAUGGUAUUGAAUUUACCAGAGAGGAUGUUGAAGCAUUGUUGAAUGAGAGACCCAGAAGGAAGGACAGGUUCAAUCUCAAGGAAAAAUGUGACACUCUGACUGAGUAUAUUAAAAGGCUGAAACUUUGUAUAAAAUGGUUCCAAGAGCUUGAAGGAAGCUACCUGUUUGAGCGCGAGAAGUUACAGAAUAGUGUUGAAGUGUCAGAGCGGCAAUGCAAUGAAAUGGGGAUCUUAUUCAAAAACAAGGAAGAAGAAUUGAAUUCAAUCAUUGCGGAGCUGAGAAAAAGUUUUGCUUCUGUACAAGAGAAAUUUACAAAAGAAGAAUUGGAUAAGAUGACUGCAAUGGAAUCUCUCACUAGAGAAAGGGAGGCUAGGCUUGAAAUUGAGCGAUCGCAAAAUUCCCUCUCGGAUGAGCUUGGGAGAGUCCAAAGAGAGCUCUCAAGUGCUAAUCAGAAGAUAACUUCACUGAAUGAUAUGUACAAACGAUUGCAAGACUACAUUGCAAGCUUGCAACAGUAUAAUAGUAAACUGCACAUGGACCUCUCUACAGUUGAGGAAGACCUUAAGCGCGUAGAGAAGGAAAAGGCUAGUAUGGUGGAGAACCUGAGCAUGUUAAGGGGUCAACUUUCAGUGUCCAGGCAAUCUCAAGAUGAUGCUAUAAAGCAGAGGGAUUCUUUGGUAAAUGAAGUUGCAUGCCUUCGGAUGGAGUUGCAACAAGUGAGAGAUGAUCGUGAUCGACAUCAACUCCAAGUGCAGACUCUAACAGCUGAAUAUACAAAGUAUAAAGAGUCGACGGAAAAAUCUUGUUUUGACUUGGAUAACCUCACAUCAAAAAAGGACGAACUGGAGGAAAGAUGUCUGUCACAAAGUAACGAGAUAAGGACUUUGAAGGACCAACUACUGACUGCAGAGAGGAAACUACAGAUGUCCGACUUAUCUACACUGGAAACAAGAGUAGAAUAUGAAGGGCAAAAGAAACAUAUAAGUGAGUUACAAACUCGCCUGGCAGAUGCAGAAUUUAAGCUUAUUGAUGGAGAGAUGCUGCGUAAAAAGUUGCACAAUACAAUCUUGGAACUGAAAGGGAACAUCCGCGUAUUCUGUAGAGUGCGACCUCUGUUGGCUGAUGAUGGUCCUAGCACGGAAGGGAAGGUUAUCUCUUAUCCAACAGCAAUGGAUGCUCUCGGACGGGGCAUUGAUUUAGUGCAAACUGGGCAAAAACAUUCUUUCACAUUUGACAAAGUUUUUAUGCCUGAUGUAUCACAAGAAGAUGUAUUUGAAGACAUUUCACAGCUUGUACAAAGUGCUCUUGAUGGUUAUAAGGUUUGUAUUUUUGCCUAUGGACAAACAGGAUCAGGGAAAACCUAUACCAUGAUGGGUGACCCAGGAGAUCCAGAGGAAAAAGGGCUGAUACCCCGUUCACUAGAACAAAUUUUUAAAACCAGACAAUCACUUCAACCACAAGGUUGGAAAUAUGAAAUGCAGGUGUCGAUGUUGGAAAUAUAUAAUGAAACUAUUCGUGAUCUAUUAUCACCAAAUCGAUCAUCUUCAGAUAUGUUACGAACAGAAAAUGGUAUUGGUGGAAAGCAAUAUACGAUCAAACAUGAUGCAAAUGGAAACACUCAUGUAUCUGAUCUUACCAUUUUGGAUGUGCGCACUGCUAAAGAGGUCUCAUUUCUCUUAGAGCGGGCUGCACAUAGCAGGUCUGUAGGCAAAACCCAAAUGAACGAGCAAUCUUCAAGAAGCCAUUUUGUCUUCACACUACGCAUAUCUGGUGUCAAUGAGAGUACUGAACAACAAGUGCAAGGUGUACUGAAUCUUAUUGAUCUUGCCGGGAGUGAACGACUUUCUAAAAGUGGGUCAACUGGGGACCGACUGAAAGAAACUCAAGCCAUCAACAAAAGUCUCUCAUCUUUAAGUGACGUAAUAUUUUCCUUGGCAAAGAAGGAGGACCACGUACCAUUUCGGAACUCAAAGCUUACAUAUCUUCUUCAGCCAUGCCUAGGAGGAGACUCAAAGACAUUGAUGGUCGUAAACAUCUCUCCUGAGCCCUCUUCAGCGGGUGAAUCACUCUGUUCACUUCGUUUUGCUUCACGAGUAAAUGCUUGCGAUAUUGGAAUUCCACGACGUCAGACCAAUAUGCGGCUUCCAGAUUCACGUUUGAGCUACGGUUGA